AUGGAAGCCAAGGCGAUUAUCUUACUUUCCAUGUACGUUUCAACUCAUUUUAUAGGCUCGGCUGCUCUGGCCAGAAUUAGUUCUCCACCGGUUACUGGUUCCACCCCGGCAAUACUUACCUGGAAUGAUUUUUCCAGGAGGGGUGGUAGCGGAGCGUGCGAAUGUGACGGCCGAUUUCAUGGUAACGGUGAAAUGAUUGUAGCCCUUUCCACCGGUUGGUAUGCCGGAGGGUCAAGGUGUGGCCGGAAGAUUAAAAUUAGCGCUCAAAAUGGCCGGAUAGCAUUUGCAAAGGUGGUGGAUGAAUGUGACAGUAACCGUGGUUGUGAUAAUAACAUUGUUGAUGGAUCUGAUGCUGUUUGGAGAGCUUUAGGGCUCGAUGAAAACUUGGGGAGAGUUCCGGUUACUUGGUCCAUGGCUUGA